CACCCACACACACACACAUAUUAGAUAACGACUGGAGCGAGAGCUGAAGACCUUUUUAAAGAUCCACGAUAAGGCGCGGCGUGGAGCACCUCUGUACCUCGCGGGGGGCUCGCAGGGGCCAUGGAUCAUAUUGGAGCGCAUCUCCAGCACAUUCACGCGGAGCCCAUCAGCUUUGGGAUCGACCAAAUCCUCAACAAUGUGGACCAGAGCUGCAUGCUCGGCGGUCGGAUGCCCGAGCCGGACUAUGGCCUCGGCUGCGUCUUCAGCACUGCCUACAACACCAUGACCGGUACCUUCACCGGCAACAACUCUGGAUAUAACGGCAACGAAUGUGGGGUCGCCAAUCUGAGCGGCACCUAUAACACGAACAUGGGAAUGAACGUCAGUGGGAAUAACGUUAACGCAGCUGGAGUCAUCCGUGUGCCAGCGCACCGGCCUCUGAACAGUGGACACUCGUCCAUCCCCGGCGGCAUGUCAACUAUGCCAGGCUCGAUUAACAACCUGACGGGAUUUACAUUCCCCUGGAUGGAGAGUAACAGAAGAUACACCAAAGACAGGUUCACAGUGGCGCUCUCACCCCUCACUGUAACACGCCGUGUAGGUCACCCGUACCAGAACCGGACGCCCCCCAAGAAGAAAAAGCCCCGGACGUCUUUUACUCGCCUGCAGAUCUGCGAGCUGGAGAAACGCUUUCACCGACAGAAGUACCUGGCUUCCGCAGAGAGAGCGGCUUUGGCCAAGGCCCUCAAGAUGACUGACGCGCAAGUCAAAACAUGGUUCCAGAACAGAAGAACAAAAUGGAGGCGGCAGACAGCUGAAGAGAGAGAAGCAGAGCGACAGCAGGCCAACCGGAUCCUCAUGCAACUCCAACAGGAGGCUUUUCAGAAAACAAUAAACCAACCGGCAAACCCGGACCCGCUCUGCUUGCAUAACAGCUCCCUGUUCGCGCUUCAGAACCUCCAGCCAUGGACUGAGAACACCGCCAAAAUCAGCAGCGUGUCCACCUGCGAAUAACAAACUCUGACCACUUUUAUUUUCUCUUCUUUUUGAAAGUGAUUGGAGUCAUAGCGAACAACUUUUUAAGAUCAUGAACUUGAAAAAUAUGACUCAAGUGGACCUGGAUUAAUCUGACUGCCUCAAAAACGGUUUAGGUUGAAAGCAUGAGUGAACAAGGCAGGACACGAGCUCAUAGCCACCGGAAAUAGGGGUGCUGAGGGUGCUGCAGCACCCCCUGAUAAAUCAGAAUUUAAAAAACACAUACAUAAACAUACAUACAUAUAUAUGUAUAUAUAUAAAAUCACCAAAUCACCAAUAUAUAUAAAAUCACCAAAUUAGUACACUGGUCCUUAAUGACUCCUGUAGAGUGGAGAAGAAUAGUCAUUAGUGCGGGGAUAAUAAAAAGCUCUCAGCACCCCCACACCGAAACAUCUUCCUGCAGCCAUGCACUAGUCCAUUAGCAACAUGCUUUUUGAGGACUGUGCAAUAUUGCAUUUUAUCUGCCUGUUUGAGGUAGCUUAGUGGUUAAGAGCGUUCUGCCAGUAACC